AUCAGGGUACUGAUGAUCAGUGUGCCCUGAUGAUCAGUGUGGCCCCAGAAGUGCCACCUGUCAGUGCUCAUUAGUAUCAGUGCCACGUGCCAGUGCCCAUCAGUGCACAUCAAUGCCACAUAUCAGUGCCCAUCUGCGCUGCCUUUCAAUGUCACCCAUCAGUGCCAGUCAGUGCCACCUAUCAAUGCCAAUCCAUGCCACCUAUCAGUGCUGCCAAUCAGUGCCACCUAUCAGUGCCAGUCAGUGUCGCCUUCAGUGCCGCCUAACAGUGCCAGUCAGUGCUGCCUAACAGUGCCAGUCAGUGCCGCCUAUCAGUGCCAAUCAUUGCUGCCUAUCAGUGCCGCCUAUCAGUGCCGCCUAUCAGUGUCAUGUAUCAGUGUCAUGUAUCAGUGUUGCCUUUCAGUGCCCAUCAGUGAUGCCU